AUGCUUCACUACGUUACGAUUGUUUGCCUGCUGGGAGCCGCCCACAGCGCUCCGUCCGGCGGUAUUUUCAGCCAAGGCAUCGGCGUUGAAGUCGGCAGCGUGUCGAACCCGUCCUACGGCUUUAACUACGCCGUCAGCGACCCUCUGACCGGCGACAAUAAAGCUCAGUCCGAGCAGCGCGCAGGCGGCGUCGUCAAAGGCUCCUACUCGCUAUCCGAACCCGACGGUACCAUCCGCGUGGUCGACUACACCGCCGACCCUGUCUCCGGUUUCAACGCUGUUGUUAAGCGCAUCGGACCCGCUGCACACCCCGCGCAAUUCGCCAUUGCCCCGGCACCGGUAGCCGUCGCCCCUGUUGUCAGCAAGGCCAUCAUUGAACCUAUCAACAUCGCCCCCAUCGGACUUAAAGGCGGUCUCGAUCUCGAACUAGCCGGACUCGGACUUGGCGGCCUCGGACUCAAAGGCGGCCUCGGCCUUGAGCUCGCGGGACUCGGAUUAGGAGGACUAGACGCCGGCCUUUGGAAACACUAG